AUGUCCGCCGAGCCGGCCCCGGCCCCCGCCGCCCCCGAGCCGGCCCCCGGCCCCGAGCCGCCGGCGGGCGGCGGGGAGGCGCCGGCGGAGCACCGGGCGCUGGUGCUGACCGGCUUCGGCGGCUACGACAAGGUGAAGGUGCAGGCGCGGCGCGGCGCGGAGCCGCGGCCCGGGGAGGUCUCGGUCGCCGUCCGCGCCUGCGGGCUCAACUUCGCCGACCUGAUGGCGCGGCAGGGCCUGUACGACCGCCUGCCGCCGCCGCCCGUGUGCCCCGGCAUGGAGUGCGCCGGCACCGUGCGCGCCCUCGGCGACGGCGUCCGCGACCGACAGGUUGGUGACAAGGUAAUGGUCCUGGCCAGGUCAGGGCUCUGGCAAGAAGUGGUGAAUGUGCCGGUCAGUCACACCUUCCCAAUGCCUGAGGGGAUGAGCUUCGAGGAAGCUGCUGCUCUUCUUGUGAACUACAUCACUGCCUACAUGAUUCUGUUUGACUUUGGAAACCUGAGACCCAACCAGAGCGUCCUCAUCCACAUGGCUGCAGGUGGUGUGGGAACUGCUGCCAUCCAGCUGUGCAAGACUGUAGAAAAUGUCACCAUUUUUGGCACAGCAUCUGCCUCCAAGCACGAGACCCUCAAGGAGAGUGGAGUUGCUCACCCCAUUGACUACAGAACCAUGGAUUACGCAGAGGAGGUCCGGAAAAUCUCUCCCAAAGGUGUUGACAUUGUCCUGGACCCUCUGGGAGGAUCUGAUACAUCCAAAGCUUUUAACCUCUUGAAGCCAAUGGGCAAACUCAUCACUUAUGGGGUAGCAAACCUGCUCACUGGGCAGAAGAAGAACCUCAUGGCUAUGGCUAAAACCUGGUGGAACCAGUUCAGCAUCACUGCCUUGCAGCUCCUGCACCAGAACAAGGCUGUGUGUGGCUACCAUCUUGGAUAUAUGGAUGAAGAGGUUGAGCUUCUCAGGAGUGUUGUGGCCAAGCUGGUUAACCUGUACAGCCAAGGCAAAAUCAAGCCCAAAAUAGACUCUGUGUGGCCCUUUGAUCAGGUGGCAGAGGCUAUGAAGCAGAUGCAAGAAAAGAAGAAUGUUGGAAAAGUCAUCCUGGUUCCUGAAGCACCCAAGGAAGAAUCUAAAAAAGCAGAGAACUAAGGAGAAGGGAUGUAUGCAGAUUAUGAAUUCAUGGUUUAACUCCCUGAUCUCUUUGGGACCUGGAAAUGGACAGAUCAGUAUCUCCCAUCUUUCACCAGUACAAGAACAUCAUGGUUAUCAUUCAGAUGAGGUUUGCAUGCUCUUGUUGUGACUGACCCUUUGCCAGACAUGCCUCCUGCUCUCUCUUUUGAAGCCUGUUUAUUUCAUACUGCUUUCUAACCACUUGUUUCUCCACUGAAUUUCCAGACUAACCUCCUUUUUCUCUGGCAGUGAGGCUGAAGCUUCCAAGCAGUUGGUGACUGACAACUGCACAGCCUGUCACUGUAAAGUCAAGGCACAAAGUACUGUAACAACUGCCAAGUGUCUCUGCAGAAACUGAGCCCUGCUGAAGCAUUUGCACUCUCAGCUUUGGGAAAGUCUGUUCAGCAGAGGAUUGGCCAAAUGUAGGAUGUUUCCUCCACAGCCAAAGGAAAACCACAGCUGGCCUAGUUAAAUUCAAGCAGGGGUUUCUCUUCUGUUCACACUAACCUGGCUUUAUUCCCUCUGCUUUUUGUAGAUCACUAACACAGCCAGAUAUUAACAGCUCAUGUCGUUUUUGCCUUGACCAUCCUGGCAAUUUGGAGCCUAUUGCAGAUCACACUCCAUUUGCAGUGACUUCUCUGUGCAGUCUGUAAAUCCCCUGACAGGCUGGGCUGGGCUGUGUCUGACUACAGAAGAAAAGUUUCAAUUAGAUAACCUGAUCCUGUCCAUUUUCUAUUUCCAAAUUGUAUAGAGAGAUCUGAGCAGUGUCUGAUUCUUAGAGACCAUAAGGACUCAACUGUGUCUCAAACAACUGGAACAAUUAUGUUGGCUCUGUGCUUUAUUAUGUUGGGCUCCAAGUUGGUGUUGUUAGGCCUUCACCCUUGUCUUUGUAUUUCCAAGGGCUGCAGUAUUGAAUUGGACUUGAGUGAGAUGGAAACAAAAUCAUCCCCUAUUAAUGCUUUGUGCAGUGCCCUGUGCACUGAGGAGGUGUUGCAGUUUGGGAAGGAACUUUCAGGAGCCCCUCCUGUGGGCUGGCUGCCCUGCAGCCUGGGCUGGCUCUCCCUGUGGCACACUGGUGAGAUGACAAACAGCCCAGCUGUGUGUCAAUGUGCCUCUUUACCUGCACAUUCUGAGCAGUUUUCCAUUGUCUCCCAGCUCAUUCCCUGCAGCAGGGCUUGGCUCUUCUCCCCCUGAGUCUGUCCUGGGGCUCUGGCACUGAGGGUUUAGGAGCUGCUUGGGAUGCUCCUCCCUAUACCAGAACUGUUUCAUCUUCUACUUUUCCUUCCUUGUGUGUAGUUGGAAACAGAGCUGUGUAGAGACCCAAGCCCAGCUCUGUGAGCACCUUGAGCCCUGGGUGAUGCAGUCCUUGAGCCCUGGGUGAUGCUGUCCUGGACCCUGCUUGCAGCUCUGGGCCCACUCUGGUGCUGUCAGUGCUUACUUGGCAUGGGCUGUAGGUGUUGUGGGCUUUUGGGCUUCAUUUUGGAUUUGAAAUGGUAAACCUAAGGGCACUAAGAGCUGCCCAUCAUGGAAGAGCUUGUGCUUCAGAAGCAGAACCUUGAGGCUAGAAUCCUGCUCAAUUAGGCCACAGGGAAGGCCCAGGGCCCAAGGAGGGCAGGUACCCACUGGGCACAGGGCUGGGCACACAGCCCCAUCACCACCCAGGGCUGGAGUUCCUCUCUGAAUUCUCCCUCAGCCUGCUCAGUGGGACUCUGCCAGUGCAGUUUGGGGUGCAGGUGCUUGGGCUCGGUCCAGAGUUCUUUAGAAAUGCACUGGCACAGCUUCCAGGGCUUUUCCCGUGGCUAACUUUAAAGAUUGCAACAAUCCUGUUCCCUACAAUCUCAGAGGAGUGCUGGAGUCCUCUCACAGAUCCUUGUCAGUUCAUCUCUUGAAUUUCAUAAACACAGCCUGAUGGAACUCUCAAGCACAACUUUUUACCUUUCUGAAUCCAAAAUCUUGCUGCUUCUUUCAGCCUGCUCCGUUGUGCUGAUUUAGAUUGAAUCCAACACUGUCUAAUGCUGCUUUACCAGGUGUGAAAACAGAAGGACUGUCUAAAUUGCUGAAAUGGAAAGUCUGGACCAGUUUCUCUGAGAAACUGGACUUCACCUUGAUGCCAGGGCAGCAUGCUGAAAAGGCACACAACCCUGCACAUGCUCUGAUUGUAAAAGGGAAACUGUUCUGGUGUGUUUCACAGCAACAUCCUCUCUCUCCCUGCUUUUUCCUGAGCCAGUCUCGUGCUCAGUGCCUUACGUGGAUGGCCUUGGGUCAGGCAGUGUGGCAGGGCUCUCACAGAGCCCUCUCUCUGCCCUGCUGCCUCCUGUGUGCCACAGCAAACAGCAUCUCGGUGCCUUCUGCUACAUGACUAAGAAGUCACUGGGGCCUUUUCCAUUCUGGCCUUUCAAAGUAUUGCCAAAACACUGUUUUGACUCUUGUUAGCUCUGUUUUGUGAACUCUGGUGAUGUUGUUGGACUUUCCAUGAGUUAGCUGUUCUCUCCCCAGGUGUUCCAGCCUUUCUGGGGCUGACCUAGUGCUCCUGUACCCCCCAGUCCAUAAGAUCUGUUGUAAAGCCCUUGUCUUUCCCAGGGCAGAGCUGUUUGGCUCCAAGGUGAGGCUUUAUCAGCUGCUCCAGCCUUGGCUCUUUAGAAACAAUCCUAGCUCCUGGCUCUUUUUGGGCUCACAUGUCUUUCUAAGCAGAAAUUCCUGAAGCCCUUAUCAAGGCAGGAAUGCCAAGCAGUCACUGCCUGUUCCAGGUCAGCACUAUUUUGUGUCUCUUGGUAGCAACAGUGUUUUCUACAGGAAGACCAAGAUUAAAUGUAACCUUGCAAUCCUCUGCUCAAAGUUCUGCUCCACGUGGGUGUGGUUGGUUGUGUUUUGGUUUUUUACUUUUCUUUUUUAUGGGCCAGUUAAGUAUAAAACCUGUGUAAAACAACUUCAAGUGUCUUAAUCCAGUUAACCAGCCAGUCUGUGUACUAAGGACCAAAGCAAAAAAAAACCAAAAUGAAACCCUAGGAUAAAAAUCAUUCCAUUCAGUGUUGCUUGUUUAGGGCAAAGUUGUGCUACUGAGGAACUGGGAGAUUGCUGUACUUAAUCAUGUGUGCCAUUCCAGAAGUGCAAUUUAAUGUUUAUUUUACUGAUUGUCUUGACUCAAAGGUUGUGCCAUGAGGAGUGCAGGUGGAAGUGUAAGGAGUUGGUGAGUGGAGGAGGCACCCCCAGCCCUGCCUGCUGCAGGGGGCUCGGUGCCAGUGCCUCUCCUGUCAUUGCUGUAGUGGCUCCCAGCCUGGUGCUGCUGCUCUUGGACAGAAUGCAGCUCCUUUGCUGUCACCAGGCAGCAGUUGCCACGUUUUUGACUCUCUGAAGCUCACUUGUGUUGCAAGCUGACUGCAGGAGGGGAAGGGAGCAGAGGUGGCCCUGCCCAGUGCUCUGGGAAGGAGUUCAGCUCUAGGAUUUGUUUCAGACACCUGUAUUAAACUAGAAUGGAUUAACCAGGGAGAUGUAAGAAGCACUGUGUGUGUGAGGCUUCAGCUGGAGCAGGAUUCUGGCCUGCUGACAGCUGCUAUCAUAGGUGUGAAUCCACUCAAGUUGCUGAAGCCUCUGGUGUGCUGAGCCCUCGUGCUGGCAAAGUGUUUUUGGCAAGUAGUACAUGAGCAUGAUGUGAAAUGUGUUAGACUCUGAGUGAGCCUCUUGCAGCAUAUGGUCUGGUCUGUACUGUCUGAGUUGUGUUGAUUUGCAGAUUUGUGAUAUGAGUGCUGCUCAUCCUACAGACACAUAGCAAAUCUUUUGUUUAAAAAAUAUAUUUCGCUUUUUUGUGUAACCGAGUUGGACAGAAGACAACUGUGCCACUGCUGUUUACAUGACUACAAUGUGUACUGCUCCUCUGUCAAAUGUUACCAUAUGCCUUAUGUGUUCCAAAUGGUAAUUAAAGCAUAACAAAACCUUCA